UGAACCCGGAAGUGGGAAGCCGGAAGUAGACCGCGGAGGACAAUAAUAAGGUUACACCCAAGCGUGGGUUCCGAGGGCUCGGCAACCUCCAGACAGACGGAUUGAAGGCGGCGAGGACGGGGUCCUGGAGCAAUGGCUUUCCCUGAGCCGAAGCCGCGGGGCCCGGAGCUGCCGCAGAAGCGGCUGAAGACGCUGGACUGCGGGCAGGGGGCGGUGCGAGCCGUGCGGUUCAAUGUGGAUGGCAACUACUGCCUGACGUGCGGCGGCGACAAGACGUUGAAGCUGUGGAACCCGCUGCGGGGCACGCUGCUGCGGACCUACAGCGGCCACGGCUACGAGGUGCUGGACGCGGCCGGCUCCUUUGACAACAGCAGUCUCUGCUCCGGCGGCGGGGACAAGGCGGUGGUGCUGUGGGAUGUGGCGUCGGGGCAGGUCGUGCGCAAGUUCCGGGGCCACGCGGGGAAGGUGAACACGGUGCAGUUUAAUGAAGAGGCUACGGUCAUCCUGUCCGGCUCUAUCGAUUCCAGCAUCCGCUGCUGGGACUGCCGCUCUCGGAGGCCUGAGCCAGUGCAGACGCUGGACGAAGCCAGGGACGGCGUCUCCAGCGUGAAGGUGUCGGACCACGAGGUCCUGGCAGGCUCAGUGGACGGCCGGGUGAGGCGCUAUGACCUGAGGAAGGGGCAGCUCUUCUCAGACUACGUGGGCAGUGAGUGUGGCCGGGGCUGUGGGGCAGGCAGGGAAGGUGGGGACAGGAAAGGGGGCCCCAGCCUCACCCGUCUGCCCACCCCUCCCCUCCCCCCAGGCCCCAUCACCUGCACCUGCUUCAGCCGGGACGGCCAGUGCACCCUGGUGUCCAGCCUGGACUCCACAUUGCGGCUUCUAGACAAAGACACGGGGGAGCUGCUGGGCGAGUACACGGGCCAUAAGAACCGGGAAUACAAGCUGGACUGCUGCCUGAGUGAGCGCGACACGCAUGUGGUCAGCUGCUCAGAGGACGGGAAGGUGUUCUUCUGGGACCUGGUGGAGGGUGCCCUGGCGCUGGCCCUGCCUGUGGGCCCAGGCGUGGUCCAGUCACUGGCCUACCACCCCACGGAGCCCUGCCUGCUGACCGCCAUGGGGGGCAGCGUCCAGUGCUGGCGGGAAGAGGCCUAUGAGGCAGAGGAUGGCCCAGGCUGAAGCCAGGGACCCGCCCUGACCGCGGAGAUAGACACAGACUCAGGAGAACCGCUGAGCCCAUUUAUUCUAGACACUUCGGACCAAGGAAUGGGGGAGGGGCUGGGGCUACAAACUAAUAAAUAGACUGGGGGGGCCUCCCUGGCACAGCAA